CCCGUUCCUUCAUCCAUCACACACUUCACUCUACAUCCAUCAACUCAACUCAACUACUACUUCACAAAAAUCUCAUACCAAAACACCCAAACCGCCACCAUGCAGUUCACCAAGACCUUCAUCGCCGCCCUCUUCGCAGCCUCCAAUGUCGCCGCUGCUCCUACUCCUGCCGACAAGUCUAUGAUGGCCAACGUCCCUCAGUGGACAAUUGAGAAUCUCAAGCGCACGUGCGAUACUGCCAACACCUCAUGCACCUGGACAUUCGCUGUCGACACCCAUCUUGCUGCUGCCACAUCUUGCACAUACGUUGUCAAGGCGGCCAAGGAUGCCUCUCAGGCCACCGGAGGCCCUGUCACCUGCGGAUCUUACACGGUCACAUCCAGCUGGAGCGGUCAAUUCGGUCCUGGUAACGGCUUUACCACUCUCGCUGUUGUCGACAACUCGAAGAAGCUCAUUGUCUGGCCCGCCUACACCGACGUUCAGGUCCAAAGCGGCAAGGUUGUGUCACCCAACCAGAGCUACGCCCCUGCCAGCCUGCCAUAGAGGAUGACAAUCAGCUCUUGGUAUUCACUAUUGGAUUUAUGAAUGAGUUUACAGCAAUAUGUUUACAGCAAUAUAGACGGAGGAACAUACGAUCCGGGAAUGAUGGCAUAUGACGCUUUAUAAGUUAGAGACGAUAAAAUUUAAUGUAAUAAAAUAUAAUAUUUUACUCUCGAGUUUGACCUGCGCUGCAUAGAUCGGCUUC